AUGGCUACAGACAGACUGGCAGCAUUACGGGCCGAGCGAGCGCAGCAAUACCAGCCGUCUGGGUACCAGCCUCAGGACCCGUCUGCAUACCAGAUGAAUGCAUAUCCACCCCAGGAUAAUACCCACGGCACAUAUGGAUCCAAUGGAUAUGGCAAUGGGGGGACUACAGAAACAGAGAUGACUCGGUUCUACGACGAGAUAACGGCCCUCCAGGACUUGAUCCAUUCAUACCGAGACAACAUCACCCGCAUCUCCAAUCUCCAUUCCCGCUCAUUGACGGUCACAGACGACGAGUCCCUCCGACACACCACCUCCGAACUCGAUGCUGUCGCUUCCCAGACACAUGACCUCUCUGCUCAGAUCAAACAAAGGGUCCAACUUCUGGAGGCGAACAGAGGAAAGGUACAAGGGCGGGACAAGGAAGCUUGGAUCCAACAAACAAAUGUCGUCAAGAGUCGCUUUGUGACCGCGAUUCAGGAGUACCAGCAGGCCGAACAGCAGUACAGGCAACGGAGCAGACAGCGCGUGGAACGCCAAGUUCGGAUCGUCAAACCGGACGCGACACAACAGGAAAUCGAAUCAGUCGUAAACAAUGACCAAGGCGCGCAGGUCUUUUCCCAGGCUUUAAUGUCCUCCAACCGCUAUGGCGAAUCUCGCCUCGCUUACCGUGAAGUCCAAGCACGGCACGAUGACAUCAAGAAAAUUGAGAAAACUCUGACUGAACUGGCUCAAUUAUUCAGUGAUAUGAGUGUCAUGGUUGCACAACAAGACGAGACAAUUGAUGCAAUUGAAACCCAUGCGGUCCAAGCGGACAAGGCCAUGGAGCAGGGGUUACAGGAAACAGACAAAGCAGUGGAUCAUGCGCGUGCAGCUCGCAAAAAGCGCUGGAUCUGCUUCUGGAUCUCGGUUGCCAUUCUUUGUGUUAUUGCUAUCAUUCUAGCCGUCGUUUUGACCCAGGUUAUUCCCAAGAACAACAACAAUCGUCGUCGAUGA